AUGUCCCAUUCCACAGUUGGCUACGCGGCCUCCCUACUCGGCUACGUGGUCUCCCUACUCGGCUACGUGGUCUCCCUACUCGGCUACGUGGUCUCCCUACUCGGCUACGCGGUCACUGUCUACCUACUCAGAUAUGUGGUCUACCUACUCGGCUAUGCGGUCUACCUACUCGUCUCGUGGUCUACCUACUCGGCCAUGCGGUCUACCUAUUCGGCUAUGCGGUACUUGGCUACGCGCUCCACCUACUACCCACCCAUCAAUGGCCUCCGCUUUCUGGCGUAA